CCUCGCUGAGGGGAGAGAACUUCCGUUGUUGUCGCUUUACGCAGAUUCGAGGCAGCGGCGCACUCUUUCUGGGCUAGGGAAUCAUGGCCGAGGUGGAGCACCAGUUUGGCGCCACCCAAAACGGGCACGAAGCGGCGGCGGCGGCAGCGGCGGCGGCGGCCGAGGAAUCCGUGAGUGGCGGCGACGAGGAGCUGUUGCAGCCGGAGCAGCAGCUUGAAGAGGAGGAGGAAGAAGAAGAGGUGGUGGCGGCGGCGGUGGUGGUGGCAGAGGCCGGAGAGGAGGAGGAGGAGGGGGACGGCGAAGGAGAAAGCGAGGAGGCAGGGCAAUCGGUAGCUUCUGCAGAAGUUAGUGGCAGCCAGAAUGGAGCCGAAGGCGAUCAGAUAAAUGCAAGCAAGAACGAGGAGGAUGCGGGGAAAAUGUUUGUUGGUGGUCUUAGUUGGGAUACAAGCAAAAAAGACUUAAAAGACUACUUUACUAAAUUUGGUGAAGUAACUGAUUGCACAAUAAAGAUGGAUCCUAAUACAGGCAGAUCAAGGUUUGGAUUCAUUCUCUUCAAAGAAGCAGGAAGUGUUGAUAAGGUUUUGGAGCAAAAAGAACACAAAUUAGAUGGAAGAGUGAUUGAUCCUAAGAAAGCAAUGGCAAUGAAAAAGGAUCCUGUGAAGAAAAUAUUUGUUGGUGGACUUAACCCAGAGGCAACAGAAGACAAAAUCAGGGAAUAUUUUGGAGAGUUUGGAGAGAUUGAAGCGAUUGAACUUCCAAUGGAUCCAAAGACCAAUAAAAGAAGAGGGUUUGUCAUCACAUUUAAGGAAGAAGAACCAGUGAAGAAAAUAUUAGAGAAAAAAUUCCACAAUGUCAGUGGUAGUAAGUGUGAAAUUAAGGUAGCACAGCCAAAAGAAGUAUAUCAGCAGCAACAGUUUGGUUCUGGGGGCGGCCGAGGAAGAGGUGGAAGAAGAGGUCAAGGCAGUUCAAAUUAUGGGAAGGCUCCAAGACGUGGUCAUCAGAAUAACUACAAGCCAUAUUGAUCAAAAGUAUUCAGGUAUGCAGUGGCAUGCUCUAAUGCACAAAACUACUGCAUAUGUUUUGUACUUAAUGCUGUAGAUGGACAUUACAAUUAUGUACCAAAAUUAACUUUACAAUACAUUUCUAUGGCCUGUUAUGUGUAUCUGAAGACUUCCCUGGAAAUGUCUUUGUUUAAUAUUUACAGAUAAUAGUUGUCUAGAGAGUGUGGUGUGUAAAUUUCAGCCUUGCUGAAGAUUAAUGAUUUUAUUGAUAGGUUAAAUUGAAAUGAUUUUGAGGGGUCUGCUUAAAGCUGCAGUUCUGCCCGUUGGAGUUAACCACGUUAUUCCAGUUGUACAGAAUGAGAUGCAUCUUAGGGAACCAGUAUCACUUUCCACCUUUUUAUUUUGUAUUGGUUUUGUGUCAUACAUUUCCUGUAAUGGAAGUGUUAAUUUUACUGUACUUUUUGGUACCUUUUUGGAAUCUAAUGUAUUGUAAGGUAUUUUACAUGUGUUCUGAUUCACCAUGACAUGGAUAUUGAUGCUAUUCUAGCUUUUGAAUAAAAAAGCAUAAUACAGUAUCCUGUGCCAUUAUUCCAGCUAUCCUUUUGUAGCUCAGAGAAAAGAAGCCUUAGAAUUUCAUUAGAAGCACUGGUGGCUGGUUGGAUGCGUAAAUUUAGAAGUUGGGUUUAGAGCAUGUUUUAACCCUAAAAUUGAUGAAAGACCAGCAAAGCUUAAUUGUUUAAUCACAAAUUCAAAGUAUUGUUGAGGUAGGAAAAACCAAGAAGCAGAACAAGUAUUAUAUUUCAGGCAAAUUUUAGGAUUAAGAAUAGUGUAUUAUUGCCUUGCGUAGGAAUAAAGGUCAUAGGAAUUUAGGAGUAAAUUUAUA